CCUCGCCCGUCUCUGCAACCCUCGGCCACCACCAAUCUUCUCACGUCCGGAUACUUGCCGCUCCAUCUCUGUUCUGCGCUGCUCUGCUCUGCCCUUGUCUCUCUUCUCCCACCCCAAAGGGCGCAUUCUCUUCCUUUGCGUCAGACCCUUUCCCGCCCUGCCAAUCAUCCUUCCCGUCUGUCUUUUUACAACCGUCGACUUGUCUCCGUCGUCUCAACCUCCUGAAGCCGUGUCCUGCACCAAAAUAGCGCCAGCGUCCGUCCGCAGGUUGCAGGAAGCCUUGGAUCGCCCUCUUUUCCCUCCUUUUCACGCUUCCACCAAGCCCGGCUGAAGCGCUGCGUCAAUCUCACAUAUCGUCCCGUCCUCUCUCAGUCUAGGCCCCCUACUCCUCUCCCUACGUCGGUCUGUGCGACUUGCACCCGAUCGGACCGCAUCCCGCGCCCGAGUAUUCGUCCUCGCCUCAUCCCCCUCCUUCUGUUUCUCUUUACAGCACAAAACACGGGCCGUACAUCGUGACUACUGCGACCACGUACUCUUUACCUCAACCAGAGAGAUUCCGUCUCAUAUCGCUGGGUUGAACCAAUUUGAGGAUUGUGCUCCGUCUCAUCGCUUCUGUUGUCUCUCUCAAGACUGCCAUCGGUCACUAGACGCCACUGGACUCUGACGCGAUUCACCAACCAAGUCUUUUCGAUUCAAUGUCUCACGCCUACCCUUAAGACCUUGACGUCUCAACCACCACUGGGUUUUCAAUCUUCACCUUACUUCACUCGGCACUCCGAAUUGUCCAAAGUCUUACCGUCGACCACUUGCUUCCUCAUCUCAAUCACAAACACGCCCAUGAACCUCACUCUGCUCAGCAUGCAAAGAACUCUGGCCCUCUCCCAUCCUCGCUAACCUGCGAAGGGUCAUCGUGUGUGCAUUUGAAGCGCGUCGCAUGCCUUUGGAACGCAUUUCAACAACCGCCAUCUGAAAUGGCUGCUGCUACGAGCCUCAACUCCACCGCCAUGUCGGUUCGAUCCAAGAAACAAGUAUCGACCUUGCCUGCAGACGGCUUGCAGGCGCAAAGAAUGUUCAAAAAGCACAAAGUACUGCCACACCCUAGGAGACAUGCAAGCGAUUCUGCGCAUUCCUAUGAAGUGCGAUCGACGCCUAGGAAAUAUGACCUCGAUGUGGAUGCCAUAACAUCGCAAAUGCGAGGGCCGCAACAGCAAAGCCCCCAGACGCUGAGACACCAACCUAAGCGGAUAGGCAGUGGCCCGGAUUUGCCUCCGACACCGCCUUCCCACUCGCGAACCUCAUCGAGCACUCACUCCAUCCAGCAUCCAAGCCCAGCGCCCGCCGAACCUCAUGCGCCGGAAUCGCAGACACCAACAACUCCAGCGCGCGCCCCAGCCACUCCUCCGAACCAAAAAAGUCCACCAACGCCAGAUGUGACGCCUCCUCAACCUGCUACUCGCCCCAAGGUUGUUCGACCGAUACCUAUCGACCGCACAGUAUCGAAAGCUACCACCGUUGAAUCGCGAACUGAGUCUUUCCGAACUGCCAGAGAAGAGCCCUUUUCCUCUGAAGAGGACUUGCAAUCGACUGUGAGGCCAAAUAUUCUGUCAGCACGAACAUCUCAGAACACGGUUCGUCGCGUUUCCGAGCCUCAGGUGAGGACGCCGCCUGCAGUUGGUUUAGGCCUCGGGCUGGAGUCACCUACUGAGGACCUUCCGACUCCCAAGGCCAAGGCAGACUUUGGUACCUUUGACGGAGAAUGGGCCUCGAAUAACGAAGUUGAACAAGAGUGGGACGACAACCUGGGCAGAAAUGUCACGGUAAGAAAGAGGCGUACUAAGCCCGAAACCCCGCCUAGGACUGGAAGACGGAGGGUCGAAAUCAUCGAAGACCGUGUUGUCACACCGACAAACGCUGCCAAGGCAGUGCGCGCGAUGUCCCAACGGGACAGGGCAGCUUUCUAUGCACCUAGCGAGAUCGCUUGGCCCAACACCUCAACUCCAGGGAAGGCAGCUGACGCGGACUCACGCAGACUGUCGGGAAUGUCUGCGAAAUCUGCAAAAUCAAACAAGUCGGUUGCGUCCACUAUUGUCGAGGCAAUCUUAGUCGAAGCUCCUUCAAUCCCCCAAAGGAGGCAGACGCUCAGACACGUCCGGAAGCAAUUUGGACUGAGGGACUCAGGCUCUGAUCUGUCUCCCCUCAGCUCUGCCACAAACUCGGCUAUUCAGUUGGAAGGAAGCCCGAGGCGACCUAGAGCGCUCACUCGCCCUAGCGAAAGCCGUCAUGACAGCUAUGCCUCGAACACCACCUUUAACUCGAUUUCAAGUAGCAAAGCACGCAGAGAAGUCUGGAAGAGCGGUGGCAUUCCAGUCAUUGUUGUCCCCGAUCGUCGAUCAUCCAGAUCUAGUCGGGAGCCGUCUCUCAGAUCAACCAGCAGUAGACGAUCCAAAAGAAGUACCAGUGUCGGUUCAGCGACUCGCACAAAUGGUCCGAAAAGUCACGACUUGCCUACACCUGUAUUCGAACGUCCAGGACGAAAAUUGCGCUCAAUGUCCGAGUCAGAUGGAUCCGACCAACGCACGAUUGAUUAUCCGCCCAUCAUUCCGAAGCGUUCUUCUUCUUUAUCCGCUCCGACCAGCCGUAAUACUUCCCGCGCUGGCUCGCUCACCGCGGAAAGUUUGAAAUCUCAGAACGCUUUGUUGAAUCAACAGCCUGGACAUGAAACGAGGAUACCCGCCUUGACCCUCCAAAGAGCGAAAUCCUCUGAGACUGAUAACGGCCACCAUCACCGAGACCAUAAACUCAACGUGGACCGUCACGGUGACCCCUUCUUUGGUAAACGACUAUCCACGCAGAAUACGCCUUUCUCAGCAGCUUCCGUGGAAACAAGCGGUACUGCGCCCGAAGUGUCUGAGGCCAAGGCUGUGAGCUUGUACCCUCAUCAAAACUCAUCCGUGCUUGUCGUCAAUCACUCCAACAAGCCGUCGGAGGACUCUGAGGAUUCGCAGACCGAGAGAGAGUUGCCGCAAACGCUCCAGAGGCCGACGAUUGUUACUACAGGUCCAGACGGCGAGUGCCCAAUCACACCCUCGCAACCUCAGCAUUCCAUGGACGACGUUGAUUCACCGCUUCGCAAUCCUCGCGCGGCUCCACCAGUCCCUCCGAUUAAUCCUCCUGCGAUUCAGUUCAUCCCCGCGACACCUUCGGGAUUAACCCCCAAUCAUGAGAGGCAACGCAACAUGGGCAAUUAUUUCGAGGCGAUGGAAGAGGCGCAACCUCAGCGGAGUAGAUCUGUUAUCAAAAGGGCAUUGGUCCGACGACGCAACUCGGAGACGUACCCGCCCAAGAGUGGCAGACCUGGGCUCCUUACCAGAACCUUUUCUCUGACGAGAAGAGGAUCAAGCUCUGGGGCUCGUGGUGACGACCAUUCUGCUGUUGAAGAGCCAUGCUCUUGCCCGGAAUGCAUGGCCCCGCCCCCCGAGGACGACCGAUUGCAUCCGCACUGGCGUCCUGCCUACUCGGAUCAGGAUGACGAUGUGUGGGAGAGGGAGAUGGAGGAUGAGCCCAUCAGCCAAGUCUAUCGAUACCCUCCCAUUGACAAUAGGCCAAGCCCGCGAAGACGUAUUAGCGAGCGGGUGAAGAAGACGUUUGCUAUUCUUCCAGCUCGCGGCGAGGAUGACGUUUACUCUGGAUCUCAAAACGAGCCUGACCGCCGAACUAUCCGCCGGACAGACAGUGGGAAUCUGCGAGUGAUGAGACGCCGCGGCAGCCUCGACUCGCUCCGCGACCAAUCUCCAGCUACCUCAGGGCCUUCCACGAGGCAGAACGACGAUCGCGACGCAGACGGGCCCCCGAAACGAAGACGUCGUUUUUCGAUUUCGGGCACUUUGGAAGGGUUGCAAAACCUGCCGCGACAGCUGAAUGAGCGUAAGCGAGAGAAGAGAACCCAGGAGUUGAGGCAGAAGAUCAGCGGGCCACGCGAAGUAAGAGACGGCAUGGGUGACGUCCUUCGACGGAACUCGUACCGUGGCCCCCCAAACGAACAAAACAACUUAGGGGUCGCACAUUUUUGAUGCGACUGCAACGUACAAAAUUUCUCGAGUACUUCAGAUGAUGAUCCUGUCUGGAGCACUUUUUUCAACGCGUAAUAUAUCUGGGUAUGAAGCACAAAAGGAGGGUGCUGGAGGAAAUGAAAUGGGAUCAUCACGACUGCUAUGAACGAACGCCUUUUUUCUCCAUUCUUACGACUACAGAAGCCUGUUAACGACACAAAGAACUGCUUUCUUCGCGGAUCUCGGAGCUGAUGACGGAGGGUUUGAUGGCAAAGUUUUCCCACUUUUUUGAGACUUUGACGACGAUAUUGAUGACAAUGAUUUUGGGACUGGGGGAAUCGGGAUUUUGAUGAACGAUUGAACGCGCGCGUUGCCUGCUACAGAUAAAGAAGGAC